UUUCCCGUAUAUUGGCUGACCGGUGUCGUACAAUUUGCAGAAUCAUUAUGGCGUCUAUGGUGAGAGACACUGCGGGACUGUAUGAGGACUUGAAAACUGAAUGGGAUGAGAAAAAUCCGAAUUUGAACAAAUGUGGCGACAUUUUGAAUGAACUGAAGAUCUCUCUGCUGGAAUUAAAUUUUUUGCCAAUUUCGGGGACCAAGCUUACCAAACAGCAACUCAUAUUAGCACGUGAUGUUCUGGAGAUUGGCGCACUAUGGGGUAUCCUGAAGAAAGACAUCCCUUCCUUUGAGAGAUACAUGGCUCAACUCAAAUGCUAUUACUUUGACUACAAGGACGAGCUGCCAGAGUCAGGCUCCAUGCACCAGCUGCUGGGCCUGAACCUGCUCUUCCUGCUCUCCCAAAACCGCGUGUCCGAGUUCCACACGGAGCUGGAGAGGCUGAGCGCCCGGGACAUCCAGAGCAAUGUCUUCAUCCGGCACCCCGUGUCCCUGGAGCAGUACCUGAUGGAAGGCAGCUACAAUAAGGUGUUCCUGGCCAAGGGAAACAUCCCCGCGGAGAGCUACACCUUCUUCAUAGACAUUCUGCUGGACACCAUCCGGGAUGAGAUCGCGGGCUGCAUAGAGGAGGCCUACGAGCAGAUCCAGUUCAGCGAAGCCAUGCGCGUCCUCUUCUUCUCCUCCUCCAAGAGGAUGACCGACUACGCCAAGAAGAGGGGCUGGUCUCAGAGCCCUGAUGGCUGCUACUCCUUCAGCUCUCAGCAGCAGCAGCGCACAGACGAUCUCUGCAUCCCCUCCAGCCAGCUGGCCCAGCAGGUCAUCGAGUACGCCCGGCAGCUGGAGAUGAUCGUGUAGCAGGCCAGGAAUCUUUCACGCUGAAGACCGGACCAUUCAGACACAGUGUGUGCUCUAAGCCCAGAUCGCCAUUGACUCCGUGUGAAAGAACGCAGUAGACAGUGCUGGUGUAAUACUUAAAUAUUUAUAUGCUGACUUACUAUUAUUUUCUUCUUUUUAAAAAUUAUUAUUAUUUAAAAAAACGUACUCAUGUGUGACCAUAGCAGUUUGCAACACAGCUGUGCAGUCCUGACAGAAUUCCCUCUGGGUUAUUCAGGGAUUAUAGGGCCAAAAUAAGACUGACACGAUGUUCGUUACCCUAAAGGGACCUUGGGGUCAUGUCUCCGCCAAUCACCACUGGCUUUGUUGUAUUUGCUUUUACCAACAUACCUUGUGAUUGGUGGGGCUCCUCUCCAGGCUCUGUCUGGAAGGCGGUGACGACACCACCAUCCCGUCCCUACCCUGUGAUCCCUGUGGAUAGGCACUCUUUGCAUUUCCCCUUUUACAGUCAGCCGGGGAAGCCUGGUUUGUGGCUGCACUUGUAGUUCCACGUUAUUCACUCUAGAGCGUUGUUUGCAGAAUCACUCCAUUCCGAUGCCUUUGCCUAGUCUCCUAGCAACUGGCAAAGUGAAUUGCUCUGACAGUUUAUUGUUUUUUUAUUUUAUUUUAUUUUUUUGCCACCUCACAAAUAGGUACAACUUCAGUUUACCUGCUAUCAAUGUUUAUUUUUGGUGUUGUCACAACUGUAAUAUAACAUAUGAGAAUGAAAAUUAAAAAAACAAAAGUUUUUCUA